AUGUGGCCCGAGGCCUAUCAGCCGCCGGCCCCAGUGAUCGUCCCGGCGUCUGCGAUGACCUUCCCAAGCAACUACCGGCCCCAGCAGCCGUCCCGGAGCCCGCCGGAGCCGAAGGUUCUGAAGCCAGAUGCCGCCGAGUUCAUUCCCGGCGUCUCUGCGUGGACAGGCGCCAUGACAAAGUCGAAGGCCAAGUCCAAGGGUAAGAACUCCAAGCCCAGCCCCACGGCGGCCCAGGCAAAGACAGGACCCGUCACGCCCGGACUCCUUUCAGGAAGCGGCCCCAGUUCGCCAGUGACGCGCGAUGCGGACGUGGCGGCUGGUGGUGCGAGUUCCAGCUCCCAGCCGCAACCGGUGCAGUCGACGGAGGACGGCCGGGGAGUGCAGCGUAGUGCAGCCCGAAAGCCGGUCAUGAGUCUAGCUUUCUUCCCAAAUGCUUUGGUGAGUUCACGUGUGUUCCCAGUCAAGGAGAGCCCCGCAGGGAAGACGACAGCAAAGGUGCUGAGCGAGCUCUGCCGCGACAACCUCGGUACUGCUGGAGCUCCCAAACCUUCGCCCACGAGUAAGCUCGGGGGGAAAGCCGGAGCUUGGGAGUUUGUCGGUGCCCUCAGCGAGCCCGAGUGCACAUCCGUGCUGUCUGCUGCCGAGAAGCUAGGAUUCAUCCCGGCAGAGCAGGAUCGAGCCGGUGGGUCCCACUGCAAGCUCGUUCUCGAAGACGCCUGGCUGGCCAAUCGGCUGUGGCAGCGUGUCUCUGCGGCAGUGCCUUCGACAUUCCGGGGGAAGAGGGUUGCAGGAGUUUCACCAGCUCUUCGUGUGCAGCACGGCUCCUUGGGGGAUGUGCUGUCUCAGAAGUCCGGCCUGGCACUACACUUGUGCCUGAAAAGUGCAUGUGGAGACAAAUUGCAGGCCGGGGACCUCUUCAUCCUGGCACCAGGCCAGACCAUCCCAGGAGAUUUGCGCGCUUCAUGGCUUUGUGCCGAGCUCCGGCUCGAAAGCUCAUGGUGGGCAUCGGCUUCUGAGCGUUUUGGUCUCGGAGCUUUUAAUGAGCGCCGCGGCGUGGUUUUCCUGCUGAUCACCACGGCAGCGGCCACCAUGCUGGUGACCCAACUGAGGCGUCGCAGCCUGAGAAACUGA